AUAAAAUUGUCUAUCAAUCCUAAAUUCUUGAAUGGUUUUUUCUAAGUUUGUUACUGUUUGAAUAUGUACUGAUUGGUUUGCAUUUUGGUGAUAUUUCAUUUAACUUUGACUAUAAAAUGCAGAUUCCGUCCAUAUCCUCAGUUUAUCAAAUAUCCUCUUGUUUUUUAUAUUAUAUAUGAUCCUUGAGGUUUGAUUUAACCUGAAUUAAAAUAAAUAUUCCUGCAUUCAACUCAAAUAGAGCCCGCAGAAAUAGUAAUGUAUUGCAACACUAGUGUGAAAUUUUUAUUUAUUAGUGUUACCGUAAUUAAUUGUUACGUAGGGGCUCGAUACAUAACACUGGUCAUGUUAUUGAACUUUGUAAGAAUUUGGUAAUGGCUGUGUGAUUAUUUCAUUGUGGCUCAGUAAAUUGGUUUUCUUCGAAUUGUAAACAAAAUAUAUCGUAUCCUUGUUUUGUAUCUAAAGUUAUUGAGGAAUAACAGCAACAUGACCACCUUGAGUAUCAUGAUGAUAAGUUAUAUUAUUAUAAAAAUCUGGAAUAAAGCAUGAUUUCUGUGAUUACAUUCCAAUGUCAAACUGAUUCCCGUAACUCUGAAAGUAAUUAGUCACUAUUUAUCAUGCGUAACCAUUACCAUUUUUUCAUAUGAUGGGGUGAUCUACAGUAAUCUAUUUUUGAUUAUAAAUUGCAUUUACUUACGUUAGCUUUACCUCAAAAUAAUCGCAUCGACUUCUUUAUUAAUUAUUCCUUGUUUAAUAUUCCGUUUUAGUCAACUAUUUUGUAAACUAUUAAUCUCACUGAUCCCCACAAACGUAUUUCACUUUGAUAGUUAGCAUUUUAUAUCUAAAGUUCCAUGUAAAGACGACUGCUUAUAUUGAUGUUUGGACUAUGUAGAAUAUUAAGCCUAAUGGUUAGUCGUUUGAAACUAAUAUGUCUUGAUAAUAAUUCUCAUUGUUUUUGAUACACGAGAAUAAAUCAUAAUUAUCUUACAUACUUUGUCGGGCAAAUAAAAGUGAAAGCAGUAGUAGUAAAGUAUAGAUUACUUUUUUGUCACUGUUAAGACCGAUGAACUAUUGGUUUUCGGAUUUGACGAUGUUACCUUACAUUACGUGUUUUUAUAUUCAUAUAAUCAUGAUCUUACGUGACUUUUGUUUACUUGUGAAUCUGUCGUUAAUUUCAUAUUCUGUUAUACAUUAUAGUUGACAAGAUGCCAGAUUUGAGCACCAAUAAGAGUUCAACAAAGACUUUGAUAUCUGCAAAAAAGAACCCUCUCAAAAGUACAGACAAGGUUAACCACUCUUCAAGUUCCAGACAACACGACAGAAAAUAUUCCCAUUCUAAGAUUACUCGAAGUCCACCUAGGCGACGUGCUAGACGAAGUCGUACGUCAACAUCCAGUUCCUCAGAUUCCAAUUCCUCAUCAUCUGAUUCUGACUCAAAUGACUCUUCGGCAUCGGACUCCUCAAAUUCAUCGAAGGGAUCCAAAAAAUCUAAUCUUGUCCCAGCUUCGGAUACAAAAAACCUUAGUGAACGUCCUCAUCCACCUGGUCAGUCAAGUUCUAUCCAUUCUAAAGUAAGCGAUAAAACACAACAGAUGUCUUAUAAAUCAUCGGAACCUGGUGAUUCAAAGAAAAAAGUAGUCAGUGCAUUAACGUCUAAGGAUGAACUAAGCAAACCUGAGGGUAACCCAAAAUCAAAUUCAACAGAUCACUUAUUAAAAGUUCCAGAUACUUCAGCUGUUACUGGGUCGACACUUUCGUCUUCAGUGCAGGAUUCUGACGAUAAGGUUGCAGAGACAUCGAAAAAUAAGAAUCGGGAUAAAACAUCACAUAAUAUUGUAUCAAAGUCAAACAAGGAGAACAAUGCAGAAAAACCUCUUCCUAAUAACAAUUCUGCAUCCGAUAGUCGGUUUACUCGUGUACUUAUUGAGAAGUUGACUAAAAAUAUAACAAAGGUUCAUAUUCAGGAAAUAUUCUCCGUAUGGGGAGAAAUCCAUUCAGUUGAUCUUCCACCUGAUCGUAUUCACCCGGAAUUUAACAGGGGGUAUGGUUAUGUUGAGUAUGUCGAUUCCAAGUCAGCCAGUGAUGCAGUUAAUUUCAUGAAUGGAGGACAAAUAGAUGGACAAGAAGUAAGAGUUUCUGAAGUUCAUUCUCGAACGGCACACCUAAGUGAUCGUGCAGGCCGUUCAGAUGAACGAACAGGCUACAGAAAAAGAGGCCAUGAUUCAUCAAAGCAUGAACGUGCAAGGUCACAUAAUCGCGAAGGACAUACUUCAAAAACAUUUAAUGAUUCCACAGAACAUAAUCGUGUGAAAGAAGAUUCUGGUAAAAAACAUGCUUCUCACAAUCAUUUUCGAACUCAUGAUAGGCAAGAGCAUUCUCGAAUUCGAGAACGCAUUAGGGAUCGUGAACGUGAAAGAACACGUGGCAGUCGUCUAGAUAAUGAACUCAAAAGAAACCGACGAGGAAGCAGUGGCAGUCCAUUUGCAAGUCAUUCAACUAAUCGUCCUCGUUCUCCUCUUACGGGAUCACGUUACCGCAGACCUAGUCCUCCAAGCUCUCGAACUGGCCCUAAACGGCCUAGGUCCCAUAGUCCUAAAGCAAAAUUACAAUCAACUGCUGGUCGAGGUGAUAAAAAACCUGGAGAUGUUAACCGUCGUGAUAAGAAAGCAUCUUCCCGUUCAUCGUCUUCGUCUUCUUCCAACUCAGGAUCAUCUUCUUCCUCUUCAUCAAGUUCAAAUUCCGGUUCUAGUUCAUCCUCUAGUUCAAGUUCUUCUCGCUCACAUUCUUAA